UCUGAGGGUACGAUCAAAGCCCAAAUCUGAGCACUUUCCGAAAGUGGUUGUGGUCGACGAAACGGAGAGAGGUCUCUACAAGUGUUGUGUGUGUUACAUCAGUCCAAGUGACUAUUGAGAAGCCAGAUAACACAGAGUUCUAUUUUUUUGUUUAUAUUUGGAUGGCAGUGAAAAAUUUGGCCUAAGGUUGGAGCACUGAUCAACUUGAUCAGCUUUUCUCGGUUUAUUGAAAUGCAACUGACACAAGCAUAGGGCGCAGGCGCAUUCAAGUUUAGAGAGAAAGUAAGAAGGGGUUUUCGACAUAUCCCAUCUCCAGUUAAUGGUGCUGCGUCUGAAAAUGCGAGUUGCAGCUUGCUUUUCUAGCUGCUGGGUUUCUUUACACCGAGGUGCGAUAGGCUUGUGAAUCUUUUAAGCUCUUGGGCACACAUUGGAGUUUGUAAUAUUCCGAUCAGCCUCACCAACACGGUAGCUGUAAGAAUGUUUGCACCGCUGAUGGCGCCAUCCCGUAGCAAAGCUUCAGUGAAUGCUCUUGUCAGUACCUCUCUGUCGUGACCUCUAUGUAGCAUAGUCAGUCAACUGUUUCCUGCCAUUCCUUCUGAAUUUGCAAUACAUUUUUCGCUUGCGGGUGCGAACUUCACGAUAAUUGAAUAGUGCAAUCCUAUCAAGCAUUCCUUCGCGCGCAUCAAAUGAGCUUCCUCUCCAAGGUGUGUGUGCUUAUAGGGAAGUUGUGCUUAAGGCGACUGAAGACGUAAAACGAGAAAAUGAAUGGAGGGGAUUGCGGUGGGAGUUGCGCCUGUGUAGGCACUGCAGCCCCCAGUAUGCAGGUGCCGGACAGUUCCAUGCAGUGCAUGGCCACCCCCAAGCCUGUCCUUCUCACCACAACCAAGCACUUGAAUGACAUCGAAGUGGACUAUGGACAUGAGGUUCUGGAUCACAGCAAAGACGCGAGAGAAAUCGCAAUCAGUUAUGACGCCCGAAACGGAGCACGAUGGCGGACUACACAUCGCUUCGAAUCUGGAAUUUUCAGUGCCAAGAUCAAAGUUCCAGCCGGCAACACGAGCGGCCUAAACUGCAGCUUCUACUUGUCCUCGUUAGAAGGAGACAAGUUCCAAGACGAAAUCGACUUCGAGUUCCUGGGCAAAGACAAGACCAUCAUCCAAACAAACGUGUACACUGAGGGGGUGGGCAAUCGAGAGGAGAUUCACCAGCUUGGCUUCGACUCUUCCGAGACAUUCCACGAAUACGCCAUUCACUGGACCCCUACCGAGAUUCUUUGGUUCAUCGAUCAGGUGCAAGUUCGGAAGCAUGAACGGAAACCAAACGACGCUUACCCGAUGAAGCCCAUGUUUCUGUAUGCGUCAGUGUGGAAUGCAGGCUGGGUGAACAAUGGAGAGUGGGCUGGCUGCUACGUAGGCUGCGAUGAGCCAUAUGUGUGCACAUACAAAGACGUACAAGUUCCUCAUCUCCCUGAUCAGUAACCUGACCUCUCUCUCUCUCUCUCUCUCUCUCUCAUUCCUCACCAAAAUAAUCAACAACACCCGAUUGUGGCUGUCACUUCUCGUGCUCGAAGCUGCAAAGUGACAGAAUCACGAGACAUCCACUUGCAAGCGUCACUACGAAGCUUAUCCCUUCUGCAUGUUUCGACGUCGAAGCAUCGAUACCGACACCACAAAAGAUGUUAGUACCGCUUUGACUAUCCACAAAACAACUAUUGGAAUUGGAAUUACUUUUGACACUGGAGCACAGAUCCACAGUUGGGACUGUGUGUGGAUUUCACCAGGUUGUGGCUCCAGUUUGUAGCAGCCACUUGAAGGCUUGUUGAGUUAUGGAGGUGUGUCGCCAUCCACAUGCAUUCUUCCUCGCCACUCACUCGGGAUUAUUUUGGUGUUGUGUGAAGCAUUGUUUGUGUGUACCUGCACAUGCAGGAAUGCAGUGAAACCAUGUGUUCUUUGUUUGUUACCUUUGUUUGGAUUUGUGGGUUGUGGCUCCUUUGCUGUGCUUAACCCCACUUCCUCCAAAGAUCUUGAUACAGUGGUUCUCUUUUGUCAAGUUCAGGUCUUUAGAACAGAAUCUUGUGGAGGCACCACUAGUUUCUUGUUGCUACUCUAAUUGUUUAUUAAAGAUGUUUUUCUUUUGGAUGGAUAUUGUUCAAUGGAAAAAAAGUAAAAAGAAAAACAUUCUUUUUGUGCAAUCCAAUUUCGAGAUAUAGAAUUUCGAUUUCUAUUAAA